CUCAGAGUCACCCCUCACCUCACAAUGCAGUCCGGUGGCCUCUUCCCCCUCGUGCUUCUUGCCCUGGGCACCCUGGUACCUUGGACUGUGGAAGGUGCUGGAAAUUCGUUGAAAGCUGGAGCCUGCCCUCCUGUAAAACCUGGUCGAUGCCUUAACGUAUUUGAGACCCCUGAGUGCCAGAGUGACUGGCAGUGUCCAGGGAGGAAGAUCUGCUGCUCUGAUGCUUGUGGAAUCAGAUGCCUGGACCCUGUCAUCUCUGACCAAACGUGUAUGAAGCCUGGCAAGUGUCCUGUGGUCAAUGGCCGGUGUCUGAUCCUCAAUCCCCCCAACCACUGUGAGACAGACCAACAGUGCGUGGGUGACUUCAAGUGCUGUAGGGGCCUGUGCGGGAAAGCCUGCGUGGAACCUGAAUUAGCCUGAUUCCUGUCAUUCAGAAGAGGUUCUGGAUUCCUAGUCUGUGGUCUGGGGCUCGGAUCACUGGGGCACUCCAUGGCGAAGACUUGGUUCUACCAUUAAGAUCUUCUUGGGGGGAAGGCGUGGCACACAGUAGGCUUUCAGGAAAUUGGUGAAUAAAUA